UCUUCGCUGAUUCAUCCAAAGCUGUAGAUCUGAUGAGUGUGGGCCAUUUCUGGGUCAGUGAGCACCAUGUUGCACUGAAUAGGAAACAGAGAGGGGAGGCCGGAGCUUUCAGACCCUCACACACACACACAUUACAUUGUCACCCCUUCAUUCAAGUACUGAGACAUGCUGUACACCCUGACAAAGCUACAGGAGCACAGAGCACUGUAAAUACGAUUUGGAGGUGCAUGAAAAUAUUCACACAGCAGAGAGAAUGAGGUCGCCAUAUUUUCCAGCCAGAUCUGUGCUUUUCCACAAGGAGCCGAAUGGAGUGACGUACAGAGUCCCAGCUCUGCUCUACCUGCCCCGCUCCAGAUCCUUUCUGGCCUUCUGUGAGGAGAGGCUCAGCCCGUCCGACUCUCAGGCUCACCUGCUGGUCGUGAGGAAAGGCACUUUCUACAGGAACUAUGUGGAAUGGGAGGACAUCCGUGUUCUGGGCACUGCUUUCCUGCCAGGCCACCGAUCCAUGAACCCGUGCCCGGUCUACGAUGAGUUCACGGGCACUCUCUUUCUGUUCUUCAUCGCUGUUCUGGGUCACACCUCAGAGUCCUAUCAGCUGGUGACAGGGAAGAACGUGACCAGACUGUGCUACGUCUCCAGCACUGAUGAUGGUGACACCUGGAGUCCCGUCACCGACCUCACCAAGAAGGUCAUAGGAGACACUAUUAAAGAAUGGGCCACCUUCGCUCUCGGCCCGGGCCACGGCAUCCAGCUGAAGUCGGGCCGUUUGCUCAUUCCUGCCUACGCCUACCACAUAGAGUGCAAAGAGUGCUUCGGGCACCUCUGCCAGACCACUCCCCACUCAUUCUGCUUUCACAGUGACACCCACGGGAGAACCUGGCGCUUUGGAGAGGCGGUCCCAGGACCAGAGACCGUGGAGUGUCAGAUGGUGUCUGUGGACGAAGAGGAUGGGACUAACGUGUUGUACUGUAAUGCUCGAAGCCCUCUCGGGUACAGAGUGCAGGCCCUCAGUCUGGACGAUGGAGCCGUGUUUCAGGAGGGGCAGCUGGUGCAGCGGCUGGUGGAGCCUCGAAAUGGUUGUCAUGGGAGUAUUAUUGGAUUUCCUGCCCCGUUAAAUCUGUGUCAGAGUCUUAGCAACGAUUUACAGCAAUCUGUACGGCUUUCCAGACACUGGACAUCCUGCACCACAGAGUCCAGUCUCUCCAAGUCGAGUACCAGCUCUGUAGCCUUUUCAGUGUCAGCAAACAGCUCCAGCACCACCAGCUCCAUCCCACCUCCUCAUGAAGCCCCUCCGGAUUUCCUGACUCCUACGUGGGUAGUAUAUUCCCACCCAACAUGGACGACUGCACGCAAAAACCUGGGCUUGUUCCUCAGCCUUUUCCCCCGUGAUCCAGACAGCUGGCGUGGCCCCUGGGUGAUCUAUGAUGGGCCGAGCGCAUACUCUGACCUGGCCUACCUGGAGCUGUCACCCUUACCUGGAGCCCCACCUGCUGUGGCCUUCGCCUGCCUGUUUGAGUGUGGUACCAAAACAGCUUACGACGAAAUCUGCUUCAGCAUCUUCACCCUCUACGAGCUCAUCGAUAAUCUGCCCCGGGACGUCUGGCUGGAAACAAACAACGAAGGACACAGAAAACAGCGGGGGAGGAGCUGCAGACAUGAUGCUCAAAGUGCAGCAGUUUCCCAACAGGUGACUCCUGUGAAGAAGAGGAGGAAGAAGAGCAAGCUGGCUGAGAUGUGCUCUGUGUCUUAAUGUAGAUUUUAAACUUGUGAUACAAGUCGUCCAUUAACUGUUUCCUAUAUUAUGCUUCACUUUCUUAUUUGGACCUGUGCAGACUGAAAUGUUCGCAGAUUUCAUAAAAUUCAGAUUUUGACACAAAUAUAGAGCUAACACUUCACAGAAGCGCCUCAGGUCUGCAAAAGGAAGAUAAAACUCUAAAGACAUCGUUCAGUUUUCCCCAUCCUUCCACCACUGUGUGUCACAGCUGGCAUGAGGUUUCUGGGUUUUGUCCAAACGUGGUGCUGUGCAUUAUGAUCAAACAUCUCCAUUUUGGUCUCAUCUGUUCAAAGCACAUUGUUCCAGAACUUAUUCAGAUGCAGCUUUGCAAACCUAAGCUGUGCUGCCUUCUUUUUAGAAGCAAGAGACUUCUGGAAACCCUUCCAACCAAGCUGUAUUGUACUUGUUCAGUCUUUUUCUAAUUAUGCUAUUAUGAACUUUAACAUACCAACUGAGGCCUGCUGAGUCUGAGCAGUAGCUCAUUGUUUGAUCUGAACCAGGGGUGAACCGUAAUUCCUAUGCAAGCAGUGAAGGUGUCCUUAGUUAUUGACUGCACAGACUCCUGUGAAAGCUUUCUUUUUCACGACUCUAUGUCCAAAAACGUGUUUUGUAAGGGUAAUCGUGACCUCUGAAAUACCCUUCUAAGAUAAGAUGUUCAACAGAAUAGGAGGGAGAAUGCCUGCAUGUCUCAGGUCAUAACUGUCACUUGGAUAAAAAGUAAACAUUUAAGUUCACAGAGGAAAAGAAUUCAGGACUGAGCUGAAGUGUUGGACUGACAGACACUGAGAAGGUGGAGCACUCACUGAGCUUCUGUCCACCAUAUUUUCCAUCACAUCGUGCACACAAGUGACAAAAUAGAUUUUUCUGAUGUCACGUUUUAAUUUGAA